UCUAUCUGUAAAGUGCAUUCUUUUCCCUUUCUCUCUCCCACUAAUGCUGGUUCCUUUCCUUCCCAUGGCUACUUCGAAACAGUGGUAGAUUAACAAACAAAACCCACUCUCUUUCCUUUUCCCGAAGCCAUUCAUUCAAAAAACAAAAACAAAAAAAUAGGUAGAAGAAAACAGAGAAAGAUCUUACCUUUUUCUGAAGAAGAAGAAGAACCCUCCAUUUUCACUCUUUCUCUCCAAAUGAAGACGAAUCAAUCUCUUAUUUCAAUCAGCUUCAUUUUCUUCACACUCCUCAUAUCUAAUCUCGUUAUUGUCACCUCAAAAUCGACGAUCGAGCCCUGUUCAAACUCCGACACAUGUAACGCUCUCGCCGGUUACACUCUCUACACAGACCUCAAAGUCUCCGAAGUCGCCGCUUUGUUCCAAAUCGACCCGAUUGCACUUCUAACAGCCAACUCCAUAGACAUUUCAUACCCAGAUGUCGAAAACCACAUUCUUCCAUCUCAACUCUUCCUUAAAGUCCCCAUUCAGUGUUCAUGUGUAGAUGGAAUCCGUAAAUCUGUCACUACCCGUUAUAAAACUCGACCAUCUGACACCUUAGCCAUCAUCGCAGACUCUAUCUACGGUGGACUCGUGUCGGCCGACCAGCUGAAGGAAGCCAACACGAUUUCGGACCCUUCUAUUCUUGAUGUCGGCCAGACACUUACAGUUCCUUUACCCUGUACUUGCUUUAACGGAACAGACAAUUUCUUGCCGGCGAUUUACAUGUCUUAUGUUGUCAUUCCGAUGGAUACUUUGGCCGGAAUAGCUGCUAGGUAUUCUACUACUAUUACUGAUCUUAUGACUGUUAAUGCUUUGGGAGGAACUUCUAUUGAUGAUGGAGACAUACUUUCCAUACCAUUAUCUGCUUGCGCGUCUAGUUUUCCAAGAUAUGCUUCGGAUUUCGGUCUUAUGGUUCCAAAUGGAAGCUACGCGAUCAUUGCAAGCCAUUGCGUACAAUGCAGCUGUGCACUGGGCAGUCGCAACUUGUACUGUAUGCCGUCUACGUUAGCAGUUUCGUGUUCGAGUAUGCAAUGUAGAAACAGCAAUCUCAUGCUCGGAAAUGUGACAUGGCAGCAGAGUGCUGCCGGUUGUAAUGUCACUUCUUGCAGCUAUAGUGGUUAUGUCAAUGGAUCCAUUGCCACUACGUUGUCGACGUCUUUGCAGCCACGAUGCCCUGGUCCACAGCAAUUUCCUGCGCUUAUUGCACCACCUUCGACGAUUGAACACCAGUUUCCUCCAGCAGAAGCCCCUUCUCCAACCGGGGGAGCUGGAUUAGUCCCGAAUUCACCUUCCACUGUGCCCUCAUCGGGGUUCUUACCGGGUCUUUCUCCCAUGAACUCACCUAAUGGAGGACAAGCUGGUGCAGGAUCUAAGAACAAGCCCCUACUGGCUGGUUUCUUCCCAGUUGCCAUUGCUUUUGCAAUCUUGGUUUGGUCUUCAAUUUAGUACUGUUUUGCUGUGUUUCUUCCACUUUAUUAGUAUUCAUGGAUGUCCUAGAAUAGCAGCUUUCUUCUUCCUCUUCUUUUCGUUUUUGAUUGGUUGUCUAUUCUUCUUCUUAUUAUUAUUACCAUUUUACCUCUUGAGGAGAUUGAGGAAUCAAGGCUAGAGUACUUACUAUGAUAACUUUACGUUUUAAGUUAAAAUGGUAUGAUUUUGUGGGCAA